AGAAAGGAAAAAAGAAAAAAAAGAGGGAAUGGAAAGAGAGAGAGAAAGGAAAUGAGAGAGGAAGGAGGGAGGACUGCUUUGUAGCUGCUAAGAUUGCAGACAGAAAUAGCACACAACCACCGUGAGCUGUAUGCGACUCAGAAACCAAGAACCAAUUUUAUUCACUUUCAUUAAUCAGUUGCUCAGAGAGAAGGAAAUGACAACCGGUCCUGUCUUCCUCUACAUCUUAAUUAUUGGAAGAUAUUUUUCUCAGGGGAGUGGACAGGAUGUCACGUGCCCUCUGGGCUAUUUCCCCUGCGGGAACAUCACCAAGUGCCUGCCCCAGCUGCUUCACUGCAACGGUGUGGACGACUGCGGCAACCAGGCUGAUGAGGACAACUGCGGAGACAACAAUGGAUGGUCUCUACAACUUGACAAAUAUUUUGCCAGUUACUACAAAAUGACCUCCCCCUUUGAGGCAGAAACAUCUGAGUGCUUGGUUGGUUCUGUGCCCGUGCAAUGUUUUUGCCGAGGUCUAGAGCUUGACUGUGAUGAAACCAAUUUACGAGCUGUUCCAUCAGUUUCUUCAAAUGUGACUAUGAUGUCUCUUCGGAGGAACUUACUAAGAAAGCUUCCUCCUGAUGGCUUCAAGAAUUACCAUGAUCUUCAGAAGCUGUGCCUGCAAAACAAUAAAAUUAGAUCAAUAUCCAUCUAUGCUUUCAGAGGACUGUACAGCCUUACUAAACUAUAUCUCAGUCAUAACAGAAUAACCUUCCUGAAGCCGGGUGUUUUUGAAGAUCUUCACAGACUAGAAUGGCUGAUAAUUGAAGAUAAUCACCUCAGUCGAAUUUCCCCACUAACAUUUUAUGGACUAAAUUCUCUUAUUCUCUUAGUCCUGAUGAAUAAUGUCCUCACCCAUUUGCCUGAUAAACCCCUUUGUCAGCACAUGCCAAGACUACAUUGGCUGGACUUUGAAGGCAACCAUAUCCAUAAUUUAAGAAAUUUGACUUUUAUUUCCUGCAGUAAUUUAACUGUUUUGGUAAUGAGGAAAAACAAAAUUAAUCACUUAAAUGAAAAUACAUUUGCUCCUCUCCAAAAACUAGAUGAAUUGGAUUUAGGAAGUAAUAAGAUUGAAAAUCUUCCACCGCAUGUAUUUAAGGAUCUGAAGGAGCUGUCACAAUUGAAUCUUUCCUAUAACCCAAUCCAGAAAAUUGAAGCAAACCAAUUUGAUUAUCUUGUCAAACUCAAGUCUCUCAGCCUAGAGGGAAUUGAAAUUGCAAAUAUCCAGCAAAGGAUGUUUAGACCUCUUAUGAAUCUCUCUCACAUAUAUUUUAAGAAAUUUCAGUAUUGUGGAUAUGCACCUCACGUUCGCAGCUGUAAACCAAACACGGAUGGAAUUUCAUCUCUGGAGAAUCUCUUGGCAAGCAUCAUUCAGAGAGUAUUUGUGUGGGUUGUAUCUGCAGUUACCUGCUUUGGAAACAUUUUUGUGAUUUGUAUGCGACCUUAUAUCAGGUCUGAAAACAAGCUGCAUGCCAUGUCAAUCAUUUCUCUCUGUUGUGCCGACUGCCUAAUGGGAAUAUAUUUAUUUGUGAUUGGAGCAUUUGACCUAAAAUUUCGUGGAGAAUACAAUAAGCACGCACAGCUGUGGAUGGAGAGUAUUCAUUGUCAGCUCGUGGGGUCUUUGGCCAUUCUGUCCACAGAAGUAUCAGUUUUACUUCUAACAUUUCUGACAUUGGAAAAAUACAUCUGCAUUGUGUAUCCUUUUAGAUGCUUGAGACCCAGAAAAUGCAGAACAAUUACAGUUCUGAUUCUCAUUUGGAUUAUUGGGUUUAUAGUGGCUUUCAUUCCACUGAGUAAUAAAGAAUUUUUCAGAAACUACUAUGGCACCAAUGGAGUAUGUUUCCCUCUUCAUUCAGAAGUUACGGAAAGUAUUGGAGCCCAGAUUUAUUCAGUGACGAUUUUUCUUGGUACCAUAACCUCUUGGGUAGUGAUUUUUAUUCUUCCUAUCAACAGUGCUUUGAACCCAAUUCUGUAUACCCUGACCACAAGACCAUUCAAAGAAAUGAUCCACCAGCUUUGGUACAACUACAGACAAAGAAGAUCUAUCGACAGCAAAGGAAGUCAGAAAACAUAUGCCCCAUCAUUCAUCUGGGUAGAAAUGUGGCCACUGCAGGAGAUGUCACCUGAGUUAGUGAAGCCGGCUGUUUUCACAGACCCUUGUGAAAUAUCACUAAUUUCUCAAUCCACUAGACUUAAUUCCUAUUCGUAACUGAUUCUGAAACCCAUUUCUUCACCGAGUAUACUGUGGGGUGCUUCAGGAGGGAUUUACUGGUAUGAAAUGAAUACCACAGUAUUAAUAAUUUAUAAUAAUGGCUAAGAUAAAUUAGCUUACAAGGAAAUGGGGAAAAAUAAAAGUUAGUAAUGCUCAUAUUAAAGGAAGUAAUUAUAUUGAUAAUAUGUAUAUAUUAGUACAUAUUUUGCAUAGGAAAUUAAGAGAAGUCUACUUCAGAGAGAUGCAUUCAUUCUUCUAACAUGUGUUUAUCGAGUACCCACUCUGCACAUAGCACAGUGGUAAAUUCCUGGAAGUAGAUGGUACAGAACCUUUUUAAUCUGUAGAUUGUGUUUAACUACAAAAGACUAUACAAAGUCCAUCUGCAGCUCCUAGUUUAAAGUAGAGCUUUGUCUGUCAUGCUUAUUAGCAAACAUAAGAAUCAUAGGCACUUUUAAAUACAGGUUUAAGGUUUGGAAUACUCAGUGAAAUAGAUUAGCAUCACAGAAAAUGUCUGAUUGCUUGCAAAAUAUAGAUAUUCUGUUUUAAGAAUCCAUCUUAUCUCUCUUUAAGUCUCCAUACACUUGAGAGCCAAUAUAAGAUUUAUAACUAUGAAAAAAAAUGCUUUGCUAUAAACUCAAAAAUAAUUAUUUCUUUGUUACCUCCUGCUCAACUUUCUUUUUGCUUUAAAUGAGCAUCCUCAUUUGGGGUUGGAAUAGAAGAGUAGAAGUAUGGCAAAGAAGUGAAUCAGAAUAGCUAGAAUGAGGAAAAACAUUUCAAUGAAUGGAACAGAAUUGAGAAUCAAAAAAUAAAUUCUCAUGUAUUCAGUUAGUCAUUUUCAACAAGGGUGCCAAGACAACCAAAUGAAUAAAGAACAGUCUUCAACAAAAGAUGCUGGAACAAUUGGAUAUUUACAUGUAAAAGAAAAAAGUUGGACUCCUACUUCAUGUCAUAUACAAAAAUUAA